GUGCUUUGUCGGCAUUGAAGAUAAACAUUCCUGUCAAUACGAAUGCCGGUGCGCUGUAUUGAACUAAGAACAUCAUCCCCAAUAUUGUGAUCAAAUAAAGGUGGAUCGGUUUGUCUGCAGGGCAUCCCUAGGACCCGAAAUUCGGGAUGACCGAUAGAAUUAGAAGAGACCAUCGUACGUGAAAAUAAGAGUAAACACGGACGCGGUCGCCCGGCUCCACUCGAGUGGUCAUAGGGGCGGAUGGUGGGGGCAAGCGAGCGCGAGUGGUACCUGCAACAGGUACCGCGUUAUUCCAUCAAGGUACCACACGGCACCGAGAGACGCGAAGAAAAAAAGAGAUGGUGAUCUCGUCGGCGCUGCCGCUUUCACUGGAUCAACAACGGGCAUCAUUUCCACGCGCAACGAACACGGAUUAAGUGCUGCGGACAUCGUGCGAAAAGCUAAUCCCGAAACGAACGGACUUGGACGUCUUCUAAUCCAUCACGGGAACCCAGUGUAGGAGGUGUGGAUGACCUUUGAAGGUAUUCGCUGCCGGUGGAAUUGCGGUGCGACCGAUUCUUUUUACCUGUUGCACACGGGAUGGAGAAAAAGAAUUCUUUUGAGAGCGGUUUAAGAUGGCGAUUGGCCAUUGGAAUGUGUAUCCGCACUACAUAAUAUUUUAAAGCGAAAUUCAAUUUAUACACAGAGUGCACAGUGAAACGUUUCCUUCUCUCACUUCCUAACAUCUUACAACCACUUCCCUUAAACCUCUACUUCCUCUGCUGGUGCGUGUGUGUGUGUGAGCGGAAAAACGAAGAUUUUUCUUCUCGGGACUUUCUAAAAGGAAAACUUUAGUGAUCUGUGCUCUUCCACCAAACAUUGGAUAUCAAAUUGUUUAUUUUCAAUGGUUUAAUGCAUUUUCAAUAUGAACGUGUUUAUUGGUGUUCUAGAAAUCCACGAUAGUUACGGAAAUGCUGUCACAUAAAAGCGGCAAAGAUGCAGAGUUCUUCAGCGAGGGGCGAUAAAAGCAUGUCUCAUCGAGACUUCACCGAGGUUGAACCGGAAGGAACUUCCGAAUUACCAGCGGUCAACAGAUCUCUGUUUCUCGAGAAGGUGCGUCAAUCGAAUGCGGCUUGUCAGAAUGGGGACUUUUCGACGGCGGUGGCUUUGUACACGGACGCAUUGCAGCUGGAUCCAACAAAUCACAUACUUUAUUCAAACAGAUCGGCGGCCAGACUGAAGCAGGGCUUGUUUGCUCAGGCUCUGCAGGAUGCCGUGACCGCCAGAGAUCUUUGCCCCACGUGGCCCAAAGCUUAUUACAGACAAGGGGUGGCGUUGCAAUGCCUGGAUCGGCAUGGCGAAGCUCUGGCGGCGUUUUCUUCGGGCCUGGCGCAGGAUCCCAGUUCGCAGCAGCUGAUGUCCAGUCUGGUGGAGGCGUCGGUGAAAUCGCCGCUGAAACACAAUUUGGAGCCCACUUUUCAGCAGCUGCAGCUCAUGAAGCUGGACAAAAGUCCGUUCGUGCUUAUUUCCGUGGUUGGACAGGAGUUGCUGGCAGCUGGUUUUUACCAUUCAGCCAUUACAGUAUUAGAGUCCGCGCUGAGGAUAGGAUCAUGUUCCUUGAAGCUGCGCGGCUCAGUCUUCAGCGCUUUGAGCAGUGCCCAUUGGGCAUUGAAUGAAUUAGACAAAGCAAUAGGUUAUAUGCAACAGGAUCUGGCAAUUGCCAAGAGUUUAGGAGACACGGCCGGCGAAUGCAGAGCACACGGGAAUUUAGGUUCGGCGUACUUCAGUCAAGGGUCUUACAAGGAGGCGCUAACCGCCCAUCGGUACCAGCUGGUUUUGGCCAUGAAAUGUAAAGACACGCAGGCGGCGGCAGCCGCUCUGACAUCCCUCGGUCACGUGUACACUGCGAUCGGUGACUAUCCAAACGCCUUGGCAUCCCACAAACAAUGCGUGCAAUUGGUCAAACAAAUGGGGGACAGGCUGCAAGAAGCCAGGGAGAUCGGAAACGUAGGUGCAGUAUAUUUAGCCAUGGGUGACUUCGAUUCCGCUGUAGAUUGCCACACUCAGCAUUUGCGGAUAGCGAGGAGACUCGGAAACCAGCGAAAUGAUUUCAAGGUGGAAGAAGCGAGAGCUUAUAGUAAUUUAGGAUCGAGUCACCAUUAUCGCAGGAAUUUCUCUCAGGCGAUAGUCUAUCACGAAAAGGUGUUACGGCUAGCGCAAACCAUCGGAGAUAAAUCUGUUGAAGCUAGAGCGUACGCAGGAUUGGGUCAUGCUGCUCGAUGUGCUGGAGAUUACACGCAAGCCAAACAUUGGCACGAAAGGCAGCUGGACAUGGCGUUAUCCUCGAGGGAUAAAGUGGGCGAAGGAAGAGCUUGUUCGAAUUUGGGAAUAGUGUAUCAACUGUUGGGAGAAUACGAUGCAGCAUUAAAGUUGCAUCAAGCUCAUUUGGCUGUGGCGCGGAAUUUGCAGGACAGAGCUGGAAUGGGAAGGGCUUACGGCAAUAUAGGAAACGCGUAUUCUGCGGCAGGAUUCUAUGAAUCAGCAAUUAAGUAUCACAAGCAGGAAUUGACCAUUAGUAAAGAAGUGCACGAUAGGAGCUCGGAAGCCAGCACCCACGGAAAUUUAGCAGUGGCUUAUCAAGCAAUUGGCGCCCACGAUAUGGCUUUACUACAUUAUAGAGCGCAUUUAGGUAUCGCGAGAGAAUUGAAAGACACGGCUGGCGAAGCCUGCGCUUUGCUUAACUUGGGCAACUGUUUAAGUUCGCGUAGCGAAUUCGGAGACGCCAUCCCCUACUACGAACAAUAUUUGAUGCUUUCGCAAGAACUUUCAGACGUCGAGGGCGAAGCCAAGGCCUGUCAUUUUCUUGGUUACGCGCAUUACUGCAUUGGGAAUUUCAGGGAAGCGGUGAGAUACUACGAUCAAGAUCUCGCAUUAGCAAAAGAUCUUCAAGAUAAAAUGAACAUGGGUAGGGCUUAUUGCAAUUUAGGCUUGGCGCACUUAGCGUUAGGCCAGCUGGACACUUCCCUGGAAUGCCAGAAGUAUUUUCUUGCCAUCGCGCACAUGACGAGCAAUCUUUCGGGGAAAUUCAGAGCGUUGGGGAACAUCGGGGAUGUUCUCAUUAAAAUGUUAGACACCGAGGAAGCAAUAAAAAUGUACCAUCGUCAAUUAGCUCUGGCGAGAGGAAAUAGAGACCGGAAUAUGGAAGCGGCGGCGUGCGGUGCCUUGGGUACUGCACACCGAUUGCUGAAGAGAUUAGAUAAGGCUCUUGGAUACCAUACGCAAGAGUUAACUUUAAGGCAAGAAAUGUCCGAGUUGUCUGGGGAAUGCAGGGCGCAUGGUCAUUUAGGCGCCGUCCAUAUGGCACUAGGAAACUACACACAUGCGGUGAAAUGCUACCAGGAGCAAUUAGAGCGAGCGCAAGAAUUGCAAGAUUGUGCUGUCGAGGCGCAAGCCUAUGGAAACUUAGGUAUCGCCCGCUUAAAUAUGGGUCAUUACGAAGAUGCCAUCGGGUAUUUGGAACAGCAGUUGGCCACUUUGGAAAGACUGAAUAACCCCACAGCCACUCUGGAUCGCGGCAGAGCGUUUGGAAGUCUGGGCGAUUGUUACGAUGCUUUGGGAGAUCCCGAGGAAGCCGCGAAAUGCCAUGAACAGUAUCUAGCAAUUACGUUGAAACUGAAAAGUCCUAAGGACCAGGAGAGAGCGUACCGGGGUUUGGGUCAAUCUCAAAAGUGUCUGGGUAAUUUGCAGCAAGCUUUGGUUUGUCUUGAGAAACGGUUAGUCGUUGCUCACGAGUUGGGCAGUCUCGAGGCUAAGGCUGCGGCUUACGGUGAAUUGGGCCAAUUGCACGCAACUUUAGGAAAUUUAGAGCAAGCUGUUUCGUGUUUAGAACAUCAAUUGACGAUAGCCAGGGAUUUAAAUGAUCGAGUAAUGGAAGCCGAUGCCAUCAGCGGUUUAGGCGCCGUUUAUCAACAAAUGGGAGAAUACACAACUGCUCUCAGCUACCACCAACAAGACUUUGAUAUUGCCGAACAACUAGGUCUAUCGACGAUACAGACUCGAGCCUGUGGAAAUUUAGGUGCCGUUUAUGAAUCAUUAGGAAAUUUAGAACAGGCUGUUUUGUAUCAAGAGCAGCAUCUCUCAGUUGCAGCUAGUACGAACGACCAAUUUGCCAAAACAUUAGCGUACAGUUCUUUAGGAAGAGUUCACCAACUUCUAGGCAAUAGAACACAAGCAGUUUCCUAUUUAACGCAAGGAUUAUGCAUUGCGGAAGCCCUGAACAAGCACGACGAAGAGGCAAGGAUAAGAAACCGUCUGGGCUUGGCACUAUGGUCUAAUGGUGACUUGGAAGGUGCCCAAAAGCAGCUGGAGGUUGCAACGCAGCUGCUGGAAAAUAUCAGGCGCGAUAAUAGAAACUCGCACGACUACAAACUUUCACUAUUUGAACUGCAAAGUUCCAGUUACCAAGUGCUGCAACGCAUCCUUAUAGAGCUGAAUAAACCCGAGGACGCGUUAUUGGUCGCUGAGCGCGGUCGAAAUCGAGCCUUCGUUGAUCUACUGCUGGAGAGGCAAGGUAUUCACGAGACCAAAAAUCGGUCGAGAAGCAAAUUGGAAGACUGCUGUCCGACGAGUUUAGAUCAGAUCUUCGAUAUAGUCAAUAGGCAGAGGGCGAUCGUGCUUUAUUUUAGUAUAGCAGCUGGAUUUCUCUAUUCAUGGCUUAUCGCUCCAACUAAAGGUAUUGUCAAAUUCCAUGCUACAUCCUUAAAUGAUAAAUCGGACGGUGAAAGCAUUGAUCCAAUCCCUUCGGGUUCCGGAUUAUUAGAGAGAUUAGUGACAUCCGUUAGGGACAGUUUAGGUACGGAAUUAUCACCUUGCACACCAAUUGCUGAAGACCAGUAUAACGAAGAUACCAUGACAGAUAGAACAGGUUUCUUGCGAAUGGUGAACAGGUCUCAUCUUUUAAAUUCGAGCAACUACUCCCUCAGCUCACUAUUCUCCGUUGGCAGUGUUGGAGGUAGCGUAGCCUCGCUAAGAGGUUCGACAAGAUCAAGCCAAGGAAGCACUAGAAUCAGAAACACGUUUCACCCCUGGAAAGGACCAUCAUGUAUACAGGCUCUGUAUACGCUUCUCAUACAUCCGUUUGAAGAAUUUCUAAGUAAAAAUGCGAAUAACGAAAGCAGCACGAACAGGCGAGAACUGAUCUUGGUGUUGGAGGGUGAUUUGUAUCUUGUUCCAUUUCCGGUCUUGCGUUCCGGCUCGCAGGAUCAGGCAGACUACUUUUGCGAGCGAUUUUCGUUGCUUUCUGUACCUAAUUUAACGACGCUGAAGAAUACCAGAGGAAGAAAAAGUGAUGGCAAUGAGCACGGUGUUAAGAGUCUUAUUGUUGGGAAUCCAAAAUUGCCGAACGCCGUCACAGAACAUUGGGGAUGGAAGGAUAUACCACAAUCGGAGCAUGAGGCCACGAUGGUCGCGGAAUUACUUCAAACCCAUGCGCUGAUUGGAAGUCAGGCCACGAAGGAGCAAGUGUUAAACCAAAUACAAGAAGCGGAAUGCGUUCAUCUGGCCACUCACGUCUCAUGGAAAUUAUCUUCAUUAGUCUUGAGCCCCGCAGAAGUGCUGGAGCAAACGCCAACGAAAUCAACAAAACUUUACAUGACUGAUAUAGCUGAAGAAGAUGAUGGUAGCGAAGUGUCGACGAGCGCCGAGCUUCCGCCGCUUUCGGAAUUCCUUUUAAGCGCCGCCGAUUUACUGUCGCUCAAGUUAUCGGCCCGUUUAGUUGUCGUGAGUUCUUCUCACACGAGAGAUCAACAAGGCUGGGCAACAUCCGACGGUUUAGUGGCAUUGGUACGCGCGCUUUUAGCUGCCGGAGCACAAGCAGUUUUAGUCUCCUUAUGGCCAGUACCGGAUACGGCGACAAAGAUUCUACUUCGAGCGUUUUACUCUUCACUGCUGCAAGGAACCAGGGCCGCAAGGGCUCUGGCCGAGGCUAUGCAAACGGUACAGCACACCAAGCAUUUCGCACAUCCAGCCAACUGGGCUGGUUUCCUGUUGGUCGGCGUCAACGUUAGGCUAUCGAAUAAGGUGGCGUUGAUGGGUCAAGCUCUUUGCGAGUUGCUGAGGAUGCCGGACAAGUGCAGAGACGCGUUGCGAGUCACUUUGCACCUGGUCGAGAAAAGUCUGCAGCGGAUACACAGAGGACAGAAGAACGCCAUGUACACAACUCAAAAGUCCAUCGAAAACAAGGUGGGUACUGUGGUCGGGUGGAAGGAGUUACUGAUGUCCGUGGGUUUUCGCUUCGAACCAGCUUCCAAUGGAAUUCCCAGCAGCGUGUUCUUUCCGCAGAGUGAUCCAGAUGAGCGUUUGACCCAAUGCUCUGCUAGUUUGCAGGCUUUACUAGGUCUUACGAGCACUUCUAUCCAUGCUUUAUCUAAACUAACUUCAAACUUUGAUGUCGCCGAUGACAUUAUCGCUGUUAUACAAUCUGCAUUAUCCCAGUUUUCAACUAAAAACUUAGACACAGACACCGUUGAUAUUGCAUUGAAUGUCAGAUUAUGGCGUGUACCAGGAUGUCAUGAGCUUUUGGCAUCGUUGGGUUUCGACCUGUGCGAUGUUGGACAGGACAAAGUGACCUUAAGAACAAGCAAACAAGCCAAUAGAAGGAAUAUACAGUUUACGCUACAGGCGCUAUUAGCGUUAUUUGAUACGCAAGAGGCGCCUAAAAGUUUGACAAUAGAUUCGUCGAGUAGCUUAGAAUCGUUGGCAUCUGUCGAUGAUAACAUGUCUUAUUCCGAUAACGAAUUGAACGUUUUACCACCAAGUAAACCGCAGAAUAAAACGAGUUCUGUGGUGGCAAGGGUGGCGCCGCCCUUCAACAGGACAGUUUUACCGUCGAAGAGAUUAGGCGGUGCCUUUACCAGUUAUGUCAGACGUAGAGGAGAGCCGGAUGGUAGAACUGCGAAUCCGGGCGAUGUGAAAACGUUGAAUAGCAUAGAUAAGGUCAGAAAACCGCCGUUGGCGAGGCCGGGCGGCGGCGAGUCUGAUGCCGCCUUUACACCCAGUCCUCCCGUCGUCCUUCAGGCCGACAACCAAUUGGCACUGUCGCUUGCCCACCAGACAAAAAUUCGAAAUUUGUAUCCGCAAUCGGAUCAGAAACUGGAGAGCCACAGGCCGGACAGCUCGAGCAGCGCAAGCUCUGCCACCGACUGGGAGAACAACGGUCUGAACACUGUACUGAGACGACAGGCGCAACCUCCGAUACCGCCGCCGAGGAUCAACAAGAAUCUGUUGGAUCUGGGCCCGCUGUACAACAAUCUUCCGACUGGCGUCUUCGAGAACAGCUCCGACAGCGAGCUGGAGAAGAUGGAAGCCAAAUUGUUCAUACAGAGAUCGAAGCCGUUCAACAAGAAGGCGCGUAACACUCUUUGCACGCUGGACAGGUUGUCCGUGCGGACGGAGAUCACGCCGACUCAGAGCGUUGCCCAGAAGAGGAACGUCGUGGCGCUGCCCAGCGAGGAGAAUGUAAAUAAUAACGAGCGUUUGCUGUACUUUAGUCCAAAUGAGGAGAACCCGGAAACUAAGACUGAGUCGUUGGAGGGUGCGAAGCAGCCGCAGGCGGAGGAAGCAAAGACGCCAGGCAACAUCCACGACACCAUCCUCGCAACGCAACUGCGACACAUAAACAGGGAACUGACACCAUCGAUAUCGGAGGUCUACCACGAAAGGAAUAUCGGUCUUGGUCUGGCACCGCCUCUGUCCAAGCUGCUGCUGAACCAAACGCAAACAGCCCAACCGCAAAUUGAUAAUGCGAGUGUCUUGGAGAAGAUUAAGCUGAAUAUACUCGAGGACACCGAGAUUAGUACGGACAGUUCCAAGAGCAAGAACAAACCUUGGCUCACGGAGAACGCGAAUUCGUUGCAGCAGAUACACAGCUCCGAUUUAACUACUGCGGACAUCUUAGAGAGAGAAGUUAAGAAUAAGAAUAAAUCAAUAAGAUCGGAAACGGUGCGACAGAAAGACGAUUCCGAAGUGAAACGAGUGUCGCCCUUUUCGGAGAUGUCGCGGAGGGAUGAAGGUGAUGGAAGAAGUAUAGCGGACUCGAAUUGCUCGAGCUACAAAGCCACCCAAUUCCGUGGCUACCACGCGGCUUCUGGGGACAAGGCCAAAACGCUAACGCGACUCGUCCAUCCUCCUGUUCCUCUCGCGCGACGCACGAAACCCGCUUGAUUCAGACAGACCACGACUAUUUAUUAUUACAUAUUUACACAUUUAAGAUCCCCAUCUUUUGCAAUCUUUCCCUGUAGCUUUAAACUCAAUUUUACUUUGUAUUAUAUCGA